GAGGAAGGUGAAGAAGGGACCAAACUGUGCAAUCUCUUCAGCAAGGCACAGCAAGGUCAGACAACUCCACAUGCUCCUGAUUACAGGCUAAUCAGCCGCUACCUACCAUUCACCCAAUCAGUGCUGGGCAACACAAAAGGCAAAUGCCCUUGAAAAAAUUAAUUUAAACCAGGGGCCCCACUUCAGCUGUUUUUGACCAUCUGUAGCUUUAUGUUACCUAUUGAAAAUCAUCAUUAUGCAACAGAGGUGACUGCUUCCAUUGUGCUGGCUGAGCUCAGCACACUGAUGUGGACAAUUACCAGGAGGAGGAUUUGUAUAGGAUGAAAGAUAUUUCACAGGCUUCAUGAGAGGAAGGUGACAUUAUGGACGUGCACACUUUCUGGAACCAAACAACCACACACUAUGAGACUCUCUUGGAUACGAUGUUUCUCAUAUUCAACUGCACAGUCCUAACCUUAACAUUAGUCUUUGGUUUACCCGGGAACUUGUGGGUUUGUUGGGUUGUUUUCAGGACCAAGAGCCUGCAGACCUGCAAUAAUGCGCUGCUGGUCAGCUUGGCCGCUAGUGACCUCCUGAAGUGCUCUGUGGACACACCGCUGUUGCUCUUCUCCUUUCUGCGCUAUGGGAAGGACAGCCAGGUGUCGGUGCCUGUGUGCACCCUGCAGCAGUUCACCUAUGCCCUGUGCAGCUGCGUCCAGCUGCUCACGCUGGUCAGCAUCAGCGUGGAGCGCUUCCAAGCCAUCGCGUUUCCCUUUCAAACCGAGAGGAGGAAAGCGAGGGUCCGCCUCUGGAUCCUGUCCAUCUGGGCAUGCGGCCUCAUCUUGGCUGUAAUCUCUCUGACACUUUCCGAAAAGGCGCUUUUUUACAUGCUCUGCCGUCCGCACAUCGGGGGGCACGGCGACGAGCGUCUUCGCUAUUGGGAUCCGUUUGGACCCUACGUACUGGUGCCGGUGUGGGGGUUGUCUCUGACUGUGAUCGUUGUCCACUACGUGCGGAUAUUCAAAGUUGUAAGGCAGCACCGUAAGAAAGUGUUCAAUCGGGGAGUCCAGCUGAGGCCGACGGUGUCCGAACACGUAUGGGGCUGGAUGAGUGUCCCUACUUCAGCACCACGGACAGCUCCGCCGCACUCCUUCAAGACUCUGCCCUCUGUGGGCUCCGGCAGCCCGCUGCCUCCCCGCCGGACGAUGCUCUUGGUGGCUGAAGCCGGCGCUCCCCGUGCGGGCUCGUCCACAGGAGGCGCCCCGGGGAGACCUCCAGAGAUCGUGGGGGCAGUGUGUCUUCUGACACCUGGGGCCAGGGAGCGGGGGAAGAAACAGAUGGAGGGGAAAGUGGCCCAGCGUUUUGGGUACAUAAUCAUUGCGUUCACGCUGUUCUGGGUGCCCAUGGUGGUUAUUUUGCUAAUGAACGUCAUCUCGUGGCAGAAUACGGACAAAUUGCUGAUGGAGCUAGAGACAUCAGCUAUGGUUCUGACCUGUGUGCAGGCUGCAGUGGAUCCCCUCAUCUACACUUUAGUCACCAGACAGUUUCGCUCUGAACUCAGCAAGAUCCUUUCCUCCAUCCCAGGGUGUCCCCUAAAACCGAGGGCCUGAACAUUUGGAUCACAUGGACUGCACUUUUGGGAACUGAAAAUACCACUGAGUCACUACAUUGUGUUUACACACUUGCACACACAGAGUGAUUUAGAGGCGAGUGAAGAAGAGAGUCCACAUAUUUUGUAUUUGUGGCAGAUAUAGAUGUUUUAUCAGGCGUUUCACAGUUGGGACACAAGACAAGGUCAUAAAUAAUAUCCAACACCUGACAAGAUACGCACAGCAGUAGUCUCAACAAUGACAGGUGGCAAAGGAGGGCAAAGCAAAGAGUGAGAGGAAAACUGACUGAGCCCAGAAAAAAGACAAUCAAAGGAGAGUACAUAACAGAGAGAAAGAGAGAGAGAGAGAAACACAAUUACAGACCUCUGUUUUUGUUGUUUGUAGAUAAAAAAUGCAAUCCUUUGACACUUUGAGCGGAAAUAUGCUUACAUAAUAAUUCAAACUGUGUCAUUUGAAAGUGCAGCUGAGACACAACAACCUGUCCUGAAACAGGGAAGCAGUAAAUAAAUCACGUUUAAUCACUGUCCUAGCAACAAAUAAUACAGGGAACCUCACUUCUGCCAUUACCUAUGUCAUACCCUUGUUGUGGCUUUCAAUAGAUCCUAAAUGUCAGACUUGAUGCUGUGAAUAUGAAGUCAAUGUCUUCAACCCCACUUUUUAAAAUUACACUGAAAAAGCUC